AUGGAUGGUGCUUUUACCUGGGAUUACUACUUACUCAUCAAUGAACUAACUCAAGGCAUGGAACACACUAAGCAGCUAAGAACUUACCUGAGCUCUGUACCUUCCACUUCUGAAGCAAUUCCGGAAUUGCUUCUGCAGAAGAUACUUUCUUCUUAUGAGCAAUCUCUGUUAAUUCUCAAAUGGAGUGGCUCACCAGUCCAAUCCCUUCCGGCAGCUCGGUCAAUCGAAUCAAAGGUAUCUGGUGAUGGAAAUCCUAGGAGUGAUGACAAGAAAAGGAGUUCCGAAGAUCAUCAGAAGCUCAUACAUAUUUCAAAAAGAAGAAAAUCACAGUUUCUCGAACAAGUAAGAUUCAACGCUAAGAGUGAAGUUGAAGGUCCUCCGGAUGAUGGAUAUAGCUGGAGAAAAUAUGGACAGAAAGAUAUUUUUGGAGCUAAGUUUCCAAGAGGUUACUAUAGAUGUACAUUUCGUCACAUUGACAACUGUCUGGCAACAAAACAAAUGCAAAGGUCUGAUGUUGAUCCUACUGGAUUUGAGAUCACAUACAGAGGCUACCAUACUUGUCAGUGUCACCAAGUUACUAACUCUAUACUACAAGCAGCAUCACCAGGGAGACAAGCCAGCCAUCACAGCCUGAUAGAUGAUGACUAUUCACCAUAUUUUGUCGGUGCUGAGGGUGGAUUUGAUUCAUUUGAAGGUCCUAUAGAUGGUGGCUAUAGCUCGAUAAAGUUCGAACAGAAAGAUAUCCGUGGAGCUAAAUAUCUCAGGUAA